AGGCAGUCUCACUUGCUCCAGCACCUUCUUCCCUUCAGACAAAAUGAGAAUCCUUGUGGGAUUUCUGGUGGUUCUGGCCAUCUUUGGAACACAAUCUCAUGGAUAUCAGGUUUAUAACAUCAUCAGUCCAAACAACAAUGGUGGCAACGUUCAGGAGACAAUUGCAAUUGACAACGAAAAAAAUACCGCCACUGUUAACAUCCAUGCAGGAUCGUGUUCCUCUACCACGGUUUUUGACUAUAAACAUGGUUACAUCGCAACCAGGAUACUUUCCCGAAGAGCCUGCUACAUCCUGAAGAUGAACCAUCAAGCCAUCCCUGCUCUGGACCAACUUGAACGGUACAUCUACGAAAGGAAGGCUUUGAACACCAUGUUCUCCAACAAAUACACCUGGGUCAAGUACAACCCACUGCAGUCUUUGCUUACAGAUGUGAAAUGGUUCCUGUUUGGGUCACCCAUUGAGCAGCUCUGCAAGCAUAUCCCCUUAUAUAAGGGUGAAGUGGUUGAAAACACACAUACAGUCGGUGCUGGAGGCUGUGCGAAGGCUGGGCUCCUGGGCAUCUUUGGGAUUUCCAUCUGUGCAGACAUUCACGUUUAGGCAUCAGCCCACUGGUUUCAUUUUUUCAAAGAUAUAUUCUUUUGUUUCUACU